AACCUUCAUUUCAACUCGCCUUCUCCCUCCUCUCCCCAAACUCCGUUGACAGCCAUGGCCAGAGCUCGAGCAUUCCUCUUCGUCCUCCUCAUCUUCUUCUUGCUGAAUAUUUCUUCAUCUUCUGCAACGCGAAGGAAGACUGCCAGAAUCUAUGAACUCAAGAAAGGGGAUUUCUCUAUGAAGCUCACCAACUGGGGAGCUACAAUACUCUCUGUAAACCUCCCAGAUUCCAAAGGGAAUUUGGCUGAUGUUGCUCUUGGAUAUGAAGGAAUCGGUCCAUACAUUAAUGGAACCGCUAACUUCGGAGCACUGGUGGGUAGAGUUGCAAACAGAAUUUCUGGGGCUCGAUUUGUUCUGAAUGGAACUGCACAUAGAUUAUAUCCCAAUGAUGGAAAAAAUUCACUUCACGGCGGGCAUAGAGGAUUUAGCCGUGUGUUUUGGAAAGUUAAAGAGAAGGGAGAUGGAGAAUUCCCUUACAUUACAUUCUAUUACUAUAGUUUUGAUGGGGAACAAGGCUUUCCUGGCGAUCUGGACGUUUACGUCACAUACAAAAUCUCCGGUUCAUACAAGCUAAGCGUCAUCAUGCGAGCCACGCCGAGAACGAAAGCCACGCCAGUAAACCUCGCCCAACAUAAUUACUGGAACCUCGGCGGGCACAACUCGGGCACCAUUCUUUCACACAAAGUUCAGAUCUUUGCCUCCCACAUCACUCCGGUCGACGACGAACUGAUCCCAACUGGAUCAAUCUCCUCCAUCUCCGGCACCCCUUACGACUUCCGCAAGCCGAAGACAGUCGGAAGCCGAAUCAACUGGGUUAAAGGAGGGUAUGACAUGAACUAUGUUGUGAAUGGGCGUGGAAUGAGAAAGGUUGCAGUUGUGAAGGAUGAGAAAUCAGGGAGGAGAUUUAAACUGUGGUCAAACCAGCCUGGAGUUCAGUUUUACAGUGGGAACUUUCUGAAUCAUGUUGGGGGUAAGGGAGGGGUGAUAUAUGAGAAGCAUGAUGGACUGUGUUUGGAGACACAAGGAUUUCCUGAUUCUGUCAAUCACCCUCAAUUCCCUUCACAGAUUGUUAAUCCUGGAGAGGUUUACAAGCAUGAUAUGGUGUUCAAGUUUUCUUUUUGAUCUUCAAGGGUGAAAAAAUAAAUAAAUAA